AUGAUUAUGAAUUUUGCUUGCUUACUGUUGGCCAACGGCCUCAGUAUGGCAGAUGCACUUUCGAUGUCCGACACAGCGUCUUCCUUCACCUCUCUGCUCCAAUCUUCAUUCAGCAAUGCUGUUCCCAGCAUACUCAGUGCCCGUAGUGGCGGUUCGAGCGUAUCUGCAAAAGAUGUCAGGAGUUCAGGAUGCUUUGUACAACGACCAGACUGGAUGGCAGUAAGAGAAACGAUUGAGCAGACACUUACAAGCUCACCCUUCCCAACAGUGGAUAUAGAGGAGAUGCAACAGUACAUCCAGCAUGCAACUGAGGACGCAAUUAGACAACACUGCCCGAAAGCAAAGCUAUCAGCGUACGGGAAAAGAUGGUGGACACCAGAUCUGACAGCGCUUCAUCGUAACUACACAUGGACACGUAACCUAGCAAGGUCGAGGCAUAGACAAGGGAAACGAGAUGCAAACCUGGAAGUUGCAACGAAACUGGGCACGGUCCCUGUUGGAGCUGAAAGUGAGAGCGUCACCUACGACGCCGCUUCUGCCACUACAAGUGUCUUCGCAGAGCUUGUUGCCGAUGUGACUCCCGAUAUCGACACAGUGGAUGGUAACACUCUCUCUGUCCUGAAGCGUACAGCUUGCCAGGCCAAGCCUGCUUCACUUUACAUAUACGUCCCAGAACCCGAUACUCCAGAGUUCUUCGUCCAGGACACUACCUACAGUGAAGCCGCCAACAACGCUGAAACUCCUGCCGGAUGGCAACGUACUUUCCAAACCCUCCGAAGUCUGGGUACACCUCUGGCGGCAACAUCUACACCAUCGACCUUCCUUACAGUUUCUCCAACCUUUCAAUUUCCGAAACUUGUUCGAGCAAAGGCCAGACUGGUCAGAUCACCCUUGCUUUCUCAAGCAAGAACACGAAAGAUCCUUCGAGAUUCGAUUCCUGAAUUCCGGGAUCGCGUUGGGGUUACUUAUGAUUGGAAUGUAUGA